AUGUUGAGAGGUAUUAGCCGCUGUUCGCAGCAAAGCAUUUUGCAAAGAACGGUGUACCGUAGCCAGCAAGUGGGAUGGACGUUGAAUAGAAGCCUAGGUGGAGCGAGGACGCUAGCUACCAGCAAUGGUGGUAGCGACAUUUUCUUGUCUACCACGAACGCUACAUACAUCGACGAGAUGUUUGAAGCGUGGAAGAACGACCCCAGCUCCGUUCACGCUUCGUGGAACGCGUACUUCAAAAAUAUGGGCAACACAAAGGUCCCAGCUUCGUCUGCAUUCAUGGCGCCUCCCACGCUUGUUUCGCAACACACGGGCGGCCACAUCCCCCAAGACAUGGCGAUGGGUGUCUCCAGCGCUAAAAUUGGCGGCGUGGACCAGGAUAUCCUCAUACAUAUGAAGGUGCAACUGCUAUGCAGAGCCUACCAGGUUAGAGGCCACCAAAAGGCCCACAUCGAUCCGUUGCAGAUUUCGUUUGGGGACGACAAGAGCAAACAAUUGCCCAAAGAACUGACUUUGGAGCAUUAUGGUUUCACGGAGCGUGACCUAGACCACGAAAUCACGCUUGGUCCCGGUAUUUUGCCUCGUUUCGCCGGCGAGGGAAAGAAAUCGAUGGCGCUCCGCGACAUUAUUGCCUCCUUGGAGAAGCUAUAUUGCUCUUCAUAUGGUAUCGAAUACAUCCACAUUCCUUCGAGGAACCAGUGUGACUGGCUAAGGGAGAGAAUUGAAAUUCCCAAACCAUUCAGUUACACGAUUGACGAAAAAAGGCAAAUCUUGGACAGGUUGACAUGGGCUACCUCAUUCGAGAGCUUUUUGUCCACCAAGUUCCCCAAUGACAAGCGUUUUGGGCUUGAAGGUCUAGAAGGUGUUGUUCCAGGUAUCAAAACUUUGAUUGACAAGUCAGUGGAUUUAGGUGUUGAGGACGUUGUUUUGGGUAUGGCACACCGUGGGAGAUUGAAUGUAUUGUCCAACGUUGUGCGUAAGCCAAACGAGUCUAUUUUCUCCGAAUUCACAGGCUCUGCUGCUCCAGAGGAGUACGAAGGUUCUGGUGAUGUCAAGUACCAUUUGGGUAUGAACUACCAAAGACCAACCACUUCGGGCAAAUACGUAAACCUGUCACUGGUGGCCAAUCCUUCCCAUUUGGAAGCCCAGGAUCCAGUUGUCCUCGGUAGAACAAGAGCUAUCCAAUUCUCCAAGAAUGACUUGGGAAAGUAUCAAAAAGCUAUGGGUGUAUUGCUGCACGGUGAUGCUGCAAUUGCAGCCCAAGGUGUCGUGUAUGAAACUAUGGGUUUCAGUCACCUACCCGAGUACUCUACUGGUGGUACCAUCCACAUCAUCACCAAUAACCAGAUCGGUUUCACCACUGACCCAAGAUUUGCUAGGUCUACCUCAUACCCCUCUGAUAUUGCCAAGGCUAUUGACGCUCCUAUCUUCCAUGUAAAUGCCAAUGAUGUCGAGGCUUUAACCUUUAUCUUUAAUUUGGCUGCUGAAUGGAGAGCCACUUUCCACACAGAUGCCAUUAUUGACGUUGUGGGCUGGAGAAAGCACGGUCAUAACGAAACUGAUCAGCCUUCUUUCACUCAGCCUCUCAUGUACCAAAAGAUUAGCAAGCAAAAGUCCGUUAUUGACGUUUACACAGAGAAAUUGAUAUCAGAAGGUUCCUUCACUAAGCAAGACAUUGACGAGCAUAAGCAAUGGGUUUGGGGUCUAUUUGAACAAGCUUUCGACAAGGCCAAGGAUUACAAACCUACUUCCAGAGAAUGGUUGACCGCUGACUGGGCCAACUUCAAAUCUCCCAAAGAAAUAGCUUUGGAGACUCUUCCUAACGAGCCAACCGCUGUGAACGAGGCGACUCUGAAGAGCAUUGGUCAGAUGAUCUCCUCGUGGCCUGAAGAUUUCGAAGUUCACAAAAACUUGAAGAGGAUCUUGAACAACAGAGGUAAAUCUGUGGACACUGGUGAAGGUAUUGACUGGUCUACCGGUGAGGCCUUGGCUUUAGGGUCCUUGGCCCUGGAAGGUUAUCACGUUAGAGUCUCUGGUGAGGAUGUUGAAAGAGGUACGUUUUCGCAGAGACACGCUGUUUUGCAUGAUCAGAAAUCCGAAAAGACUUAUACCCCACUAAAGCACUUGUCGGAAAAGCAGGCCAAUUUCACCAUCUGUAACUCAUCGCUAUCGGAAUAUGGUUGUAUGGGUUUCGAGUACGGUUAUUCUUUAACUUCUCCCGACUUCUUCGUGAUGUGGGAGGCCCAAUUCGGUGACUUUGCCAACACUGCCCAAGUUAUUAUCGAUCAGUUUUUGGCCGGUGGUGAGGCCAAGUGGAAGCAACGCUCCGGCUUGGUUUUGUCGUUGCCACACGGUUAUGACGGCCAGGGUCCAGAACAUUCUUCCGGUAGAUUGGAGAGGUUUUUGCAAAUGGCAAACGAAGAUCCAAGAUUUUUCCCAUCGGAGGAGAAAUUGAAGAGACAGCAUCAAGACUGCAACUACCAAGUGGUUUACCCAACCACUCCUGCUAACCUGUUCCACAUCUUGAGAAGGCAACAACACCGCCAAUUCCGUAAACCUCUAAUAUUGUUUUUCUCAAAACAACUACUACGUCAUCCUCUUGCUAGAUCUAGCUUGAGUGAGUUUACGGAUGGCGGCUUCCAGUGGAUCAUCGAGGACGUUGCUCACGGAAAGACCAUUGGCACAAAGGAGGAAACCAAGCGCUUGGUGAUUUGCACUGGCCAGGUCUAUACUGCUUUGCACAAGAAGCGUGAGGCUUUGGAAGACAAAAACACCGCUUUCCUCAAGGUGGAACAGAUGCACCCAUUCCCAUUUGCGCAAUUGAGAGACUCGCUCAACUCUUAUCCAAACUUGGAAGACAUUGUUUUCUGUCAAGAGGAGCCUCUGAACAUGGGAUGUUGGAGCUACGCUUCUCCUAGAUUUGACACGGUGUUGAAAGAAACGGACAAAUAUCAGGACCGCAAGAUAAGAUUUGCCGGUAGAAACCCAAGCGGUGCUGUUGCUGCGGGAUCUAAGGGCCUACACAUCGCGGAGGAAGAGGCGUUCCUCAAGGAAGUGUUUGGCGAGUAA